CUCGUUACCACAUUGCGUUUGAAACUCGUUUUUUCUUUUCUUGUGUCACGCAAUCUCAGACUUGUUCUUUCUUCUUCUUUCAAUUCAUCAUCAUCAUCAUCGAGUUCACACCGAAGCUGAGCAGAACCCCACCUAGUCAACCUGCUCCUUGCUUCACGGUUCAAUUCCAAUAAGGGGGAAUUCAACUUCUUACUCUUUGUUGAAGAUUUGAUACAUGGGUUCAGUACCAGAACUGUUGCCUGAGAAAAGUUGCAGUAAGCUCCUUGGGAUUAGGGUCCUACAGCGCUUAAAAGGAAGUCCUGUUUCCUUCAAAACCCACCAAGCCAUUGUUUUGAUUGUAACAUUUUUAGCUUAUGCUAGUUAUCAUGCCACCAGAAAAACUACAAGUAUUGUGAAGAGUGUCCUUGAUCCUCAAUCAAAGGAUUUAGGAUUGAAUUUCUUUUCCUUGAGGCUAACCAAUAAUGUUUCUGAGUCAACUGGAUCAAGGAGAGUUUCUUCAAAUCUUGGAGCUGGUUGGGCUCCAUUUAAUGGACCAGAUGGGACAUCCAUUCUUGGUGAAUUGGAUGUUGCUUUUCUUGCAGUGUAUGCGUUUGGGAUGUAUUUUUCUGGACAUUUCGGUGACCGGUGUAAUUUGAGGAUUUUUCUAACAGUGGGUAUGCUAGGAACUGGAUUUUUCACUUCACUAUUUGGUAUAGGGUACUGGGCAAACAUCCACAACUUCUACUACUAUCUAAUUGUGCAAAUGCUUGCUGGAUUGUUUCAAUCCACUGGAUGGCCGUCGGUAGUGGCUGUCGUGGGUAACUGGUUUGGAAAGAGCAAGAGAGGGUUGAUCAUGGGAAUUUGGAAUGCUCACACUUCUGUUGGGAACAUUGCUGGUUCUUUGAUUGCUUCUGCUAUGCUGGGAUAUGGAUGGGGUUGGUCCUUUGUUGUGCCGGGACUGAUUACCGCUCUCGUUGGUUUGGUGAUUUUCCUUAUAUUGCCGGUGUCGCCCGAGUUAGCUGGAGCUGAUAGAGAGGAAGAUGAUUAUAGUUGUCCCAAAAAAGGUGGAGAUGAAGUGACAGAGCCUCUGUUAAAGCAAGAAACUCCAGUUGUGGGGGAAGCAGUUGGGUUCCUAGAGGCAUGGAAAAUUCCUGGGGUUGCUCCUUUUGCCCUUUGUCUGUUCUUUGCAAAGUUGGUUGCAUACACAUUUCUCUACUGGCUUCCAUUCUAUGUUAGCCACACAGCAAUUGAUGGAAAAUAUCUAUCUAGUGAGACAUCAGGAACCCUAUCCACUUUAUUUGAUGUCGGAGGAGUGCUGGGAGGAAUUCUAGCUGGCCACAUUUCUGAUCGGUUAGAUGCUAGAGCCAUAACAGCAGCAAGUUUCAUGUACUGUUCAAUCCCAGCUCUCUUCUUUUACCGAAGCUAUGGACACGUUUCCCUGAUCGUAAACGGAGCGCUGAUGUUCGUCACGGGCAUGUUUGUUAACGGUCCUUACGCUCUCAUAACAACCGCGGUUUCGGCUGACCUGGGAACACACAAAUCAUUGAAGGGAAAUUCACGAGCUCUGGCAACCGUCACAGCUAUCAUCGACGGAACAGGUUCCAUAGGGGCUGCAAUUGGACCGUUGUUAACCGGUUACAUAUCUGCAAAGAGUUGGAGUGCAGUUUUCACAAUGUUGAUGGGAGCAGCUCUAGUUGCAGGGCUGCUUCUAACCCGGCUUGUAAUCGCGGAGGUAGCAACAAAGAUUGAAGAGUCAAGGUCUAAUAGAACACAGGAACCACGUCCACUUGAAGUGUAAGAAUCUAAAGAGUCACAGCAAAAGUGUGUAUGAAGCCCCAUUUAUGGUUUCAGGUCAUUAAAUUAAAAAAGGACAUGCUCAAAGUGUUAAAAAAUGGAGAAGGGGUCUUUAACAUCUAACCUUCUUCAUAAGAUUGGACAGAAGGUUGAGAUGUUAUCUGUUUGUACAUUAUGUGAUAUACACAAUCACCAACUCUAGUGUAGUAGUAGUGUCAUUCCUAAACACGAGUGUUUCAACAACUUCUUGUAGUUUUUGAGUUUUGGAAGCAACCCACAUUGUUGCCUUGGCGGUCAAGAGUGAAACUUGUGAAUUUUACAAUUUGAUUGUACCAUUGUUCAAUGGCAUCUUAGCUUUUUUGUUCAA